AUUGAAUGGGGCCGCGGGGUUGGCUGCGCGUUGCUUGCUGCUGUUCGAGCAUACAUGCACCGUCAUCGGCGCCACGCAUUCUGCCCCUCACUCUCGAUCGUGCGCGAAGAUUGAAUCGCUACGCCCGACGGCGGGCCGACUCUCUCUCAAUCAAAUUUCGCUUCUUCCUCAACCAGCGCAUCAAGACGACAGACAACAGACGACGACACAUUCGCCUGUAACAGGCUGCUCCUUGCCAGUUCGCUCCUUUGAGCUCCAUCGCGACCUCUACCAUCAUCACACUUUCUGCAAGCACAAUCUCUGCCAGUCUCAUCCCGAGAGCUCGCCAGCACUCAGGCUACCACACUAGUAAUCACUUGGACCUCUAUCACUCGCACCUACGCAAUUUAAGAUGCCUCGUUUGGAAGUCAAAGUAGGACCGGAUCGCUUCCACAUGGAGGCUUGUCGCGUCAACGAUUUCCAAGCUCCUCACGAGAUCGACACGGAGCACUUUUGCGGUCGAGUGCUGGUCCGUAUCAAAGAUGCUCCGGGAGCCAAAGAGGGCGAAGCGGGUCGAGAGUAUUUCAGGGACAGAUCUCGAAGGUUUUGCAUUCAGAUCGAGGGAAGAUUCAAGAAAUCUUGGGGUGGAGACGAGGUGGUGUUCGGUUCGGAUUUCGACAAAUUUGUAGAUUUCCCCAGAGCUCCUUUCAAUGCUGGCAUGAGGGUGGCCAAGAUCAUCGACCCUUGCACUUACUACGAGGAGGAACCGCCUUCCAAAAGACCUUACAUUAUGAGCCCUGCUGUGGCUUGCUUCAACACUCUGUGCGCUUGGCCCGCUCCGCACAGGGCAAACGAUGCAGUCGUCGUCCUUCGUCACACUUCUCAGGGUUCGAGCGGAUCGAACAGCGGCACGGCACCCUCCUCUCCCGCUCUUGGCUCUACCGCACUUCCCGACGCAGAGGAGGUGGAUGAGGAUGUGGUUCCGCAAGAGAGCCUCAGCCCAACCGUGCCGGGAGAGGAGAAGAAGAAGAAGAAGUCGGGCUGGUUCGGGUUUGGAGCAGCAAAGGAGCAGCGCAUUCGUCGAAAGUACUGGCAAUUUGUUGGCUUUCGUCAAGAUCCUCGAGUCAGGGCACUGCUGGAAGCUCACCAUGCCCAAAUCCGCACUCAACCGCCUUCCAGGCCCAACUCGCCCGCGAUUUCCGAGAUCAAGCGCGCAAACAGCGUCGCCUCCUCCUCUUCAGGUCCCGCAGAGAUUCAACAAGGUCACACCGCCUCUCAUCCGACCAUAUCUCGAUUGGGCACCUUCACUCGCAAAGCUGCGAGCAAGGCUUUAGAAAAGAUUCCUGGCGUCGGGGAGGAUGAGCCGACCACGCCGCCUGCUGGAGCGGUCAGAGCGCCGGACGAGGUCGAAGCUGCUGAGCUUGAGCUGCCUCCAUCGGUCGCCCAGCCUCAAGUCGGAGAUGGUCAAGGUGGCUCGAGUGAAGGCGAAGCUCCAGAGAUGCCUCCAUUGGCACGCAUCACUACUGCUGUUCGCAAAGAAGCUACAGCUGCAGCAGAGACGGACGGGUUGAGGGAUGGCGACUUCGACGUGGCGAGCGAGCAUAUCGGAAGACGCACAAGUCUAAAGAAGCCAAAGAGCACGAACCAAGCAUCGUCGGAUUGGCAGAGCAAGCUGGACGACAAGUUGGGAUCUUGGAGAUGGUCGGAAGCUCAAGUGGACAUGAUCGAAGACAAUGCCUUUAUGUUUACGCACAAAUCCAUCCCCGUACCCAGCAGGCGCAAACAUUUUGCCAAAUUGGAGCACAGGCAAAGCUUCGUGUUUGAUCCGGACGUAGUGUACGGCAUGUCCUUCUUCACCGACGCUUUCGACUUCAACACUUUUGCUCUGGGAUUGGGUCCCGUCAGCCUCAACUUGAAACGUUUCUUUGAAGAGAUGCCAAUCAGGUACACGCUUAGAGCUCAAACGAGGGAAAAUGUAGAGGAGCCCGUCUUCGCCACCAUUAGCUUUCAGCUCGUCGACUAGAGGCGUUCAUGAAACACCUCGUAUGCCGCUUUGGUGCGUCCACCUCACCUCGUACUACAUUGUUUCCUACAUGCACUACAACUAGAGAUACGCAAUACAGACGGCAUUAGCGAGAACGGCAUCUGAAGGCUUGAGUCGUGCUAUGCAAGGCACGAGGAGCGUGAACCACACACAGCAUUGGUGGGCGUUGCUUCCCCGACCGAGUCAUCAUG